AUGUUCUCCUGCAUCGUCAGGUCAGCUGUGAGCAUUGCUCGCAGCUUCUGCAUCUCUUCCCAGAGCAACACAAAGGUGGCAGUGAUGGGCAUCGGCCAGCCCCUGUCACUGCUCCUGAAAAAGAGUCCCCUGGUCAGCCAGCUCUCACUUUAUGACGUUGUCCACACCCUCGGAGUGGCUGCAGACCUCAGCCAUAUCGAGACCAGGGCCCAGAUCACUGGCUACGUCGGCCCAGAGCAACUCCCGCAAGCUCUGAAGGGGAGUGAAGCUGUCCUCAUUCCUGCUGGAGUGCCCAGGAAGCCUGGGAUGACACGGGAUGACCUCUUUGAGACCAACGCCUCCAUCGUGGCCACCCUGGCUGAUGCCUGUGCCCACAACUGCCCUGACGCAAUGUUGUGCAUAAUCACCAACCCAGGACUGGAUCCAGCACGUGUCAGUGUUCCCGUAGUUGGUGGCCAUGUGGGCAAGACUAUCAUUCCUCUGUUAUCUCAGUGCACUCCCAAAGUGGAGUUCACUGAGGAUACGUUUGCUGCCUUGACGCACCGUAUCCAAGAGGCAGGCACUGAGGUCGUGAAGGCUAAGGCUGGGGCAGGCUCUGCCACCCUCUCCAUGGCGUAUGCAGGGGCUAGGUUCGCCUUGUCCCUGCUGGAUGCCAUGAAUGGCAAAGAGGGGGUCAAGGAAUGUGCAUUCGUCAGGUCAGAGGAAGGCAAAUGCACAUAUUUCUCCACCCCUCUCCUCCUCGGCACCAACGGAGUGAAGAGGAACCUGGGCCUUGGAAAGCUCUCCGCAUUCGAGGAAAAACUUGUGGCGGAAGCAUCAAGUGAAAUAAAGGCCUCCAUCAGGAAGGGGGAGGACUUUGUGAGAGAAAGGGCAGCUCAAGGAGAAGCACAGUAAAAAGUGCAAUGGCUAAUGAUAUUGGAUGAACUGACAGGACCCACAGAGUAAUUGAAAGGUAGUGUAUUUUAUUGUUGUUGCUUUGAAAUGUUCACAGUAAAAUUAUUAUAAAAGUCCAUUAUUAUUUCCGAGCUAUGACCCUCCACGAAAUACUCUUGGAUAAGUUUAUCCAUCAUGGAUGAGCAUAUGAAAACACUAUAUUAGACACAAGAAAAUCCACUGCAUUUAUACACUUUGGUGUCAUGUUUUACACAAUGACUGAUUAAUGAACAAUGUAAGAAACUGAAAUUGGUUAA